UUCAUUUACUAUUCUUUUGUUUCUUCCAAGCGAUUUGUCACGCAAACGACCUCCACUCAUUUUCUGCCUAUUUAAUUUCCCGCCUACCCCCACCGACUCCAUGCUUAUGACGUUGAGCAUUUUGACUGCCGCACGACCCACAGAGCUCCUCCCUCCUUCCCUUCCUCUCUCUCUCACACACAGGCAACCCAGAUUUCAUGGCGUCUACUUCCUCCACAGGUCGUCAAUCGGAAAUUAUAAAUGUUUUUUCUGAAAUUGCACCACCAUCUGCAUCUACAUCAGUUUCUGCUACUUCCUCAAGACCAUCACAAAAACGGUCGUGGGAUGUAUUCCUUAAUCAUCGUGGACCUGAUGUCAAACACACUCUGGCUAGAGCUAUCUACCAUGCCCUCCAUGCCACGGGUCUCAGGGUUUUUCUUGAUUCUGAGGAGACUCGGUUGGGGGACUUCUUGCCUACAGCACUCGAACAAGCAAUGCGUAGUGCUUCCCUUCAUGUGGCAAUUUUCUCUCCUACCUAUGCAGAAUCGCCAUGGUGUCUUGCCGAGCUUUCCUUUAUGCUCAAAUCUGGCGCAACUAUUGUUCCUGUUUUCUACCAUGUUCAGCCUUCCGAUUUGCGAUGGGUGACCCAAGGGAAAGGAGUAUAUACCGAAGCCUUCUUAAAGCAUCAAGAAAACGGUAGAUACAGCUUGGAAAAGAUCGACGAGUGGAAGAGGGCACUCCACAGUGUCUCAUUUUUUAAGGGCGAAAUCAUCGAUAAUAUUGAUGAGGAGCAAAUGAUGUUGAAGACUAUUGUGAAUCAUAUAUUGAAAGUUAUGCAAAUAGUACCAUUAGAGGUAGCAAAGCAUCCUGUGGGUCUUCAAGAACUAGUAGAAGACUUUGAAAUGAUUGCAAAUAAAUGUGCAGAAAUUCAAUCCGGAGUUCAAAUUGUAGGAGUUUGGGGUAUGGGUGGUUCUGGAAAAACUACUCUGGCAAAGGAAUUAUAUAAUCAGAAAUAUUUAUCUGUAGAAAAGUUCAGCUUCAUUUUCGAUAUUAGAGAUGCUGCAGCUAAAAAUGAAUUAUAUAAAAAACAGAUAGAACUCCUCCGGGACAUUGGUUUCCAAGGUGAAGUAUUUGAAAAUAUAGAAAAAGGCAAGAGCAUUCUUUCAAAUCAUUUAAAAUCUAAUCGGGUGCUCAUCAUUCUAGAUGAUGUGGAUCAUAUAGAUCAACUCGAUGCUCUGUUGCCCACAAAGAAUAACCUCGGAUUGGGGAGUUUAAUCAUUGUCACAACAAGGGAGAAGGAUGUCCUCCGAUGUUGGGGUAUUUCUUCCAUUUAUAAAAUGAAAGCAAUGAAUUUGUCAAAUGCUAAGCAGCUUUUUUGCUGGCAUGCGUUUUUGCAACCCUUUCCACGGUUGGGGUUUGAGAAACUUGUUGAAAUGUUCUCGAGUUUCUGUAAUGGACUACCUUUAUCUUUGAAGGUACUUGGAGGCCAACUUUAUGGCUGCUCUGACAAAGAUGUAUGGAGGGAUCUACUGAAUAAGAUCUCUAAAAUAUUGCCUUUAGAUAUAAAAACUUGCCUAAGAGUGAGCUAUGAAGCUUUAGAUGUUCAAGAGAAACAGAUAUUCUUAGACAUAGCUUGUUUUCUUAUUGGAAAAGACAACAGAAGCGCCAUUGCAGUAUGGGAGGAAUCGGGCUGGAAUGGUCUAUAUGGUUGGAAUAGACUUGUAAAUAAGUGUUUUGUUGACUUAGAUGAUGCCAAUCGCAUAACAAUGCACGAUCACUUGAGAGAUUUAGGAAGAGAAAUAGCAAAUACUCAGUCACCCUUCCGUCUAUGGUCCCCAGAUCAGAUUACGGGCAUUCAGAAAUUACUAGAGGAAAGAGUCCAGAUUCGAGGAAUGAUAUUGAUUGCAGAAACCAAUGAUGCUCUCAAAUUUCCUAGUUCCCUGUUCGAUGUGAGCACAGGGCUUUCAAGGUUUCGGUGGUGGCACCGAAGACCUCUUUUCCGCCUUGGAUUAAAGAUUUUAGUCGUAAGAGAAAAGUGUCUGAAUAAAUACACCUAUAAAUUAUCAAAGGAACUGGCUUGGUUUAGCUGUGCUAAAUUUGAUGAUAAAUAUCUUCCAUCAGGGCUACCAUUAAGAAAUCUAAGAGUUUUAGAGCUUGAGAACUCUGACAACUUAAAAGAAUUGUGGAAGAAUGGCGCUGAGGCUCCGGUGCAGCUACGAGAGUUGAGCAUUUGUGGCUGCCGGAGAUUCCAAACAUUUCCAAAAUCACUAGGACUACUGCAGCAUUUGAGAAAGAUAGUUGUGGAUCAUAGCGUCAAACUGAGGAGUCUGCCUGACGAGUUUUGCCUUCUGAAAUCACUAGAGCACUUGCAGCUAAGUAAUUGUGACAUGCUGUCAUCACUGCCUAACAAUUUCGGUGAUUUGACAGACCUACAGCAUUUAGAUUUGUCCUCUUGCAUGUUGACGAAGGUGCCGAUUUCAUUUAAGCAGCUGAGGCUUCUGCAGCAUCUCAGUAUAGAUCGCUGUUAUAAGCUCACCUUAGAGUCAGACAUCCUGGAAUACAUAACAAAGCUUGAGUAUUUGAAUUUGUCAAUGCUUCCAGAAUUGAAAUGUUUGCCUCACAACAUCACAAAUCAGGUCUCUUUGAGAGAGCUCUACAUUAAAGAUACCGGAAUAAGGGUGCUCCCAUCUAACAUUGGUCAACUCAGAAAGUUGAGAGUAAUAAAGAUAGGGUCAUGUAAGAUUCAAUUUCUACCAGAGUCUAUGGGGCGUUUGAAUCUUUUAGAGCGUUUGGAAUUACAGGGUUUGAAAGUGCAAUAUUUACCAAAUUCACUCACACAACUGAUUAAUCUGCAUAUUAUUAAAAUAUCCAAUUGCCCAAUCAAUGUAAUUCCUUUUGGGCGGAAGUUGUUUUCUUCAUCAUUUUGCAAGCUGAAGCAAAUAAAUUUAGCCUGGACAAGAGUUUCAAAGGUUUUCAUUUCCACAGAGUGUUGUCCUAACCUUCUAACACUAAAGCUUACACAUAGCGAGCAAUUAAGGAAGGUCCAGACUCUGCCAACAGCACUGAAGUUCAUAGAGGUGGAAUGCUGUAAAAUACUCAGAAACAUAAAGGGUAUUGCUGGUUUGUCAAACCUGCAAACACUGAAGAUAGAAGACUGUCCAGAGCUAGAAGCGAUUCCAGGUUUGUCAAAAUUAACAUCUCUAAGAAAACUUGAGUUGAAAGAGUGCCACAAACUUUCAAAGAUAGGAAGGUUACCGCACUGCAGAUUAUUGGAGGCACUAUUGAUAAGUGAGUGUCCAGAGUUACAUUCCCUACCAAGUUUUGCAGGCUUGGUUUUUCUCAGAGUAUUUGAAUUGAAAGGUCGUAACAAUGUAGAGAAGAUAGAAGGUUUACAACACUGCAAAUCAUUGGAGAUGCUGGUGGUAGAAUAUAGCUGCUGCGAGGUGCCGGUAAUGGAAAGUAAUUUAGAGCAUGCGCAAAAAUUAAAGCUCGUGUAACUAGUGGUAAAGAAGAGAUCAGCCAUUGAACCUUUCAUUACGACAAUACAGAAAUGGCCAGCAGAUAUAAUUAUAUGUACAGCGGCAGGCCCUGAUGCGAGGCCAAUUUUAAAUUUGUUGGCCUUUCCCAAUCUGUCUGUCGUUCGGUCAUUUGGUAAGUCCAAAUAUGCAGCGGUAGGCAAUCUUUCUACUGACAGCUCUCUUCUGCUAUGUUUGCUUAUAAACUGUAGCUUUCCUCGCAUGUCCCUCCGUGUAGUUGUGAAUUGUCACGAGGAGUCUGUAAUAUGGUUGGACGAGGGCAAAGCUAUAGUGAUAGCUUUGUUUACACAACAUUCAAGAUCCCUCGAUUCUCUGUAUUUUAACAUAAGACGAGAGGUCCAAUCCGACAGGGAAGAUAUUGAAGAUAAUGAAAGAAAUGGAGUCACGGAAGUGGAGAAAGGAUUUCUUUUGAGCGGGGAAGAAAAUAGCAGCGUGGAGGCUUUCCAACGCUUAUUUGCGCUUCUAGGAAAAUGAUGGUCAACUGUACUCACAGUAAACUCUGCUGUUGUUGAUCAUAAUCAACUGUACUCACGGUAAAAUCUGCUGUUGUUGGUUAUAAUCAACUGUACUCACAGUAAACUCUGCUGUUGUUGAUCAUAAUCAACUGUACUCACGGUAAAAUCUGCUGUUGUUGGUUAUAAUCAACUGUACUCACAGUAAAAUCUGUUAUUGUUGAUUAUAAGUUUCAGAAGGAUAA